AUAAUUCAGUUUCCCUCGAAUCCAUGCAUUCAUUAAAUAUCACAACCCUCCUCGUAGAGUAUAUAUAUAUUGGCUAUACAGAUCCACAAAAACAGAUACCAUAAAUACAUACAAGAUAAAACAAGAUGAAAAUGCAAACACUACACUUCUCUUCUUCUCUCUUGUUAAUGUCUGUUAGUUUCCUCUCAUUGGCUUUGCUAAUCUCAACACAAGACCCUCCUUCACAGUCACCUUCUCUGUCCCCGUCACUGUCACCUUCACAGCCUCCGUCACGCCCACCUACUUUGCCCCCGUCACAGUCACAGUCGUCUUCUCAGGCUUGUAAGUCAACUCCAUACCCUAAGCUAUGCCGUUCGAUCCUCAACGCUGUCAAGUCAUCACCGUCGGAUCCAUACAGUUACGGCAAGUUCACGAUAAAACAAUGCCUCAAGCAAGCAAGCCGUCUCUCCAAAGCCAUCACAGGAUACGCAAGGCGAGUGAGAAGCAAACCAGGCUCCUCCACGCCCGAGGAAAUAGGUGCGGUGGCGGACUGCGGCGAGUUAUCGGAGCUGAGUGUGAACUACCUCGAAACCGUCACGACGGAGCUCAAGUCCGCGCAGGUGAUGACCGCAGCUCUUGUGGAGCAUGUGAACAGUCUUCUCAGUGGUGUGGUGACGAAUCAGGAGGGGAAUCUCACGCGUCUUUACGGUAUCUCGCUGGGGCUUGUGAGCCACGCGCUUAACCGUAACCUUAAGAGGUCGUUUAAAGCCUCUAAAGGAAAGAUUCUUGGUGGUGGGAACUCAACCUAUCGCGAGCCGCUCGAGACUUUGAUUAAGGGUUUACGUAAAACAUGCGACAAGGACAAAGAUUGCCGGAAAACUAGCCGGAACUUAGGGGAGCUAGGUCAGACGAGCGGCGGUUCCAUCCUCGUGAGCAAAGCAGUGAUUGUCGGUCCGUACAAAUCCGACAACUUUACGACGAUCACUCAAGCUAUUGCAGCCGCACCUAAUAACACUAGACCAGAGGAUGGUUACUUUGUUAUCUACGCAAGAGAAGGUGUCUACGAAGAAUAUAUUGUUGUUGAGAUGAACAAAAAGAACUUAAUGCUUAUCGGAGAUGGGAUCAAUAAGACGAUUAUUACUGGGAACCAUAACGUUAUUGACGGUUGGACUACGUAUAAUAGCUCAAGCUUUGCUGUAAUUGGAGAGCGGUUUAUGGCGGUUGAUGUUACAUUCAGAAACACAGCCGGACCUGAAAAACAUCAGGCUGUGGCUUUGAGGAACAACGCAGAAAGUUCAAGCUUUUAUCGGUGUAGUUUUGAAGGCUAUCAAGAUACUCUCUACGUCCAUUCUAUGAGACAAUUCUAUCGCGAAUGCGAUAUCUAUGGUACCGUCGAUUUUAUAUUCGGGAACGCAGCCGCAAUUUUUCAAGACUGUAACAUAUAUGCUAGAAAACCAAUGGCAAAGCAAAAGAACGCUAUAACAGCCCAUGGAAGAGUUGAUCCAAACCAGAAUACCGGAAUCUCUAUCAUCAAUUGUACAAUAAAAGCCGCCCCGGAUCUUGCAGCUGAGCCUAACUCUGCCAUGACAUUCUUAGGUAGACCAUGGAAGCCCUACGCAAGGACGGUUUUCAUGCAAUCAUAUAUCAGUGACAUUGUUCAACCAGUCGGAUGGCUCGAAUGGAACGGUACAACUGGUUUAGACACAAUCUACUACGGUGAGUACAGUAACUUUGGACCAGGGGCAAACACGAAUCAGAGAGUGCAGUGGUUAGGGUACAAUAUAUUGAACUUGGCAGAAGCCAUGAACUUCACUGUCUACAACUUCACCAUGGGAGAUACAUGGUUGCCUCAAACCGAUAUUCCUUUCUAUGGUGGUUUGCUACACAAAGAAUGAAAAGAACACCGUAUUAUUUGACAACCAUAUUUAACUAUACGUUACGUACUUGCUCAAUUAAAAAAUAAAGCAAUAAAUUUUUACCAGUCAUAGUUGUUGAGAUCUAGAUUUACAAAUAAAAUUUCGUCGGUUGAAAUAAAAUAGCUAUCACGGUACAUUCGUGCGAGGCACUAAAAUGUAGUAUUAUUUUAUCGAGACGAGUCAAUGGGAGAGUUAUUCUCAUGUUUAUUUA